CACAUAAACAAGUCCGAAGAACAUUAUUGUGUGGACUUCCCCUUUAAGAGUUAUUUAUUAACACUCUCAGUGCUGUGACCUCUGCCUGGGAAGUUUUGCGGAUAUUACAUCACUACUCCUCAAGUUUACACGACUUACAGGGACUAUGGAAGGAUACCUGUCAUACAAUGGACAUAAAGGCCUACCUCCAGAGAGUGAAUUUGACGUACUGUAAACCUCCUUCCCUCUCAGCAUUGCGGGAAUUACACCGCCACCAUGUACACUCUGUGCCCACGGAAAGUCUCAGCAUACACAGUGGGGAAAAAAUUAUCCUGGACUUUUCAUGGAUAUACGACAAAAUUGUUGUAAGACGACGAGGUGGUUUCUGUUAUGAGAACAAUGGUCUUUUCUUAUGGGUGCUACAGCAACUGGGCUACCACCCAAAAGUGCUUGCAGCCAGGGUAAAGAACCGAAUAAUCAAAAUUUAUGGCCCACCAUUUGACCACAUAAUAUUGACAGUAGAACUAGAAGGAAGAAGAUGGCUUUGUGAUGUUGGUUUUGGGGAAGGAAUCAUUGAGCCAAUUCCCCUGGAGGAUGGAUGGGAAGAGGAGCAGGACAGCGGUGUGUAUCGAUUACGUGUAGAAGGAGAUGAGUGGUUUAUGGAGAGGAAGGAGGAGGAAGCCUGGAGAAGUCUCUUCAGGUUCACCCUAGAGGAGAGGACAUUUGAUGACUUCCGGGAGAUGUGUGAAUAUCACCAGACAUCACCAAGCUCAAUAUUUUUCCAAAAAUCCUUCUGUUCCCUACAGCUCCCAUGUGCAAGACUGACGUACAUUGGGCGCCAGCUGAUUCAUACUGAGUACACCAAGGGAGGUGGAAGUGUGAAGACCACUCAGGAACUCACGGAGGAGGAGAUCCCUGGAUUACUUAGAGAUAAAUUUGGUUUUGUCCUAAGUGGAAAACUAAAACCGAAGGAUGAAGAUAUUUUGAUCCCCAAAAAAUGCUAAAAAAUGUGGCAGUUCCCAUAGCAUCUCAUACACGAUCAAGAAGGUUCUCACCAAAUCCAUAAUGCUAGGUCAAAAGAACGUGGUAUGCAGCAUUUUUUGUUCUGGCAAACCACGAUUGAGGGCAACUCUGCCAGAUGGUCCAUAGUUCCAGUACUGUGCCCCAUUUCAGCCUCAGGGUGAAGAAGGGGGGGGGGGGGUAGUGCUUUGGGGGCAAUGGAUGCAAAAGAUUCAGCUUGUUUUUUCUGCCGUUCCUAUCAUGGACAGCUCCAGCCUUAUCGAUCAUGAUUCUCUUCUAGAUUUUCCCAACCAAGUCAGAAGUUGCCACUUAAGGUGGCCAUACAUUAUCAAUAUGAGUGAGCCAGAUGAGGGUUAUGCCGCUGCAAGAUAGCUCUGGUGGUGACUUAUCAAUCCCAAAUCAACAGGGUCAUACAGCUAAAAUCAAACAGGCCCGACCCUUCCCUCCCCAAGCAUAAUCUGCCGGGGGAGAUUUGGGAGGCCACCAUAUACUUUGAACAGUCCACCCCAUUACGUUAUACAAAAUUAUAUAUCGUUAGUGCUGCCCUGCUUGAACUGGAACUUUUUGCAUUUCUUCUGCAAUUUUGUGGUAGAAUAAUUACCUCUACACAAUCCGUUUUAUGUCUUUUUAGUUUAUCACGUGACCCUUAUUAUUACUACGGUACUCUUGACAGAAUUAUUCUCUAUAAACUGACAUUCCAGGUUAUCAUCUUUUUCACUACCCUUAUGACUUUGAUAGCCCAUACUAACCCUUUUUUUCUAUUUACAGACGGAGCUUGAGGACGGUCGAUCGUUCACCAAAACAUUGCAUUUACGCAUUUUAUGGCGGUUUUACCAUACUUCUUGUCUAGUUGUGCAAUGGAUUGAUACAAGAAGCUGAAAAAUGUCCGCAGGCCAGAAAGACAAUAUUAGAAUCUGGAGGUGAGGCCUCAUGUUCGUGCCCAUUGCGGUGCCCUGGCUUUUGAAUAUUAUAUUAUCUCUGGGAGAGCUGCUUGGUUAACCGCUGGGGCCCCCGACAAUCUCGAGAACAGGAACCUAAUUCUCUCAUCGCAAUGGUGCCACACAUGCAUGACCCUGCUUCAUUCAUUCAUUACCUACAGGAGCAGUAGGGCAGCCUAACCCUGUACAGGCUGUCAGGCAGCUCCCAUAGAGAAUGUAUCAACCUUCUCGAGCAAUCGGAGCACUUACAGCAGAACUACCUUUUCAGCCUUAAUGAAUCAACUGCUGUCCCAUAUUAAUUCGAAUUAACCCAGAGAUGACUGUGGCCCUCCAGAUGUUGCAAAACUUCAACUCUGGCAUGCUUGGAAUUGAAGUUUUACAACAUCUGUAGGGCCACAGUUUUUGACCAUCUACACUAAGCAGGGCACAUCCCUUAUCGCAGUUCCAUUCAUUCUCCAUGGACUUUGACUAUUGCUCUGUACUAUAUUUGGAAGUUCCAUCAAGAGUAAAUGAGCAACGGCUGAGUAUGCAUGCUCUGUAUAUCAGUGCUUCCCAACCAAGGUGACUUCAGCUGUUGCAGAACUACAACU